CGCGUUAUGUUGGCAUGGAAAUUGAGGAGCGUUUACGUUUAUGUGCUUCCCGGCGAAGAUUUUACGUUUAGAUCUGAAUAACAUUUUAGUCAAGAGAUUGUGGUCUUAGCAGUCGACACUUCCAUUCCACCCAACCUCGAUAUAAUAGUGAUGACAAGAAGUGAGUAAUACUAGAGAACACAUCAUGGAGAACUACCAUGUCUUGGAGCUUAUCGGAGAGGGAUCUUUUGGUAAAGUCUACAGGGGAAGGAGGAAAUUUACAGGCAAGAUUGUUGCUUUGAAGUUUAUCCCCAAGCUGGGUCGCAGUGACAAAGAACUGGACAGUCUGCGCAAGGAGAUUGAAAUCAUGAAAGAGAUGCACCAUCCAAACAUCAUUGAGAUGUUGGAUACGUUUGAGACUGACAAAGAGGUGGUAGCAGUUACAGACUAUGCAGAAGGAGAGUUAUUCCAGAUUCUAGAGGAUGAUGGUACUCUGCCUGAGGAACAGGUGAAAGAGAUUGCCUGUCAGCUUCUCUCAGCUCUCUACUACCUGCACGCCCAUCGCAUCCUGCACAGAGACAUGAAACCCCAGAACAUUCUCCUGGGCAAAGGGGGCGUGGUCAAACUCUGCGACUUUGGCUUUGCCAGGGCCAUGAGUAUCAAUACCCUUGUCCUCACUUCAAUCAAGGGCACCCCUCUGUACAUGGCACCUGAACUGGUGGAGGAGAAACCUUACGAUCACACGGCCGACCUUUGGUCCCUCGGAUGCAUCCUGUAUGAGCUGUUUGUGGGAACGCCCCCAUUCUACACCAAUAGCAUAUUCCAGCUUGUUAGUCUCAUUAUUAAGGAUCCAGUCAAAUGGCCCAAGAACAUGGAACCAGAAUUCAAGGAUUUCCUACAGGGCUUGUUGACAAAGAGUGCCAAGCAUCGCCUGACAUGGCCGGCUCUUCUCUAUCAUCCCUUUGUGGAUGGAGGGGUCAAAGUGUCGGACUCCCUGACUGAGCACCCAUUCACCCAGGCGCCCUCUGCCGAGGAGGUGGCUCGCAAGGAGAAGGCCGUGCAGGAGAAGUCUUCUAAUGUGGCCCCCGGCACCACCAUCAUGAGGAAACUCAAGCAGAGGGAGCAGGGCCCACCCACAGAGGAGCAGAAAGAUGGGGCAGGGGGCGACGGCAAGAAACCCCACAAGCCCAGCAGUGAGAAGGCCAAGGCCAAGCCCCGCAUUGCCAAGAGCGAGCCCUGGCCUAGCGUCAAAGAACAGGAACCGACUCCCAGGGAGAACCGCAUCACACAUGAUUACAAACAGGAGUUCCCCAGUGUAGAGGUGGAGAGCAGACGAGUCCUGAAGAAAGAAGGAGGCAAGGCUAAAGACAUGAGGAAAAGCAUUGAUAAUGUCAGACUGCAAGAAGAAGAUGUUGACAGCGAGGAUGAAUGGGACUCCCUGUGCGACAUCACCAACCCUGACACCACCGACCCGAGGUCCAUCGAAGCUCUCCUGCAGGACAAGGCCUUUGUGGAGCGCAUCGCCUCAAGACUUGAAGAAACGUCCAAGCAAACACUGGAAGGGAUGCUUGAGGGUGCGUCCAGACUCAGGCUGGUCCUGCAUGUCAUCAAUAAUCUGCUGGCUUACAAAGGUUUUGCUGAUCUCCUCACUGACUUUUGCCACAUGACCAAAGUGCCCAUGUUACCUCUGGAUGUCCUCAGCAAAAUGAAGGAUAAUAGCACAGUCAAAGAGCAAGCAUGGUUUGUACAGAUCCUGACUGACUUGGUGAGUGUGAUGGCAGCAUACGUGAUGUCAGAUGUGGCUAUAGAGCUAAACAUUGACAGGACCAAAGAUGUAAUGGAGGCAGCUCUCAACUUUGCUGGUAUCCUACCAUGGUUAAUACACAUCAAGGAAGAUGAGGAUCUUAAUCUAAGGGCACAGUCUGUCUGUUGCUUUAUUUACCAAUGUGAGGUAAUGGACAGGGCCCAUGAGGAGUUUGUGACAGGGUACUACGCCGGCCUGGCAACCACUCAUCUCCCGGUGGUCACCGCUCUACUCAAGACCUUGGAGCAAGACGAGGCUCUCGUCAAAAAAGUUACAAGCGGACCGGAGGGGGAAGCGUUUGGGGAUCGCUGGGAGCAGAUGUGCGGUGUGGCUAUAGGAGGCCUGGCAGAGCUGGUCUAUCUUCAGCAGGGACUCGAUACAUGCGUAGAGGGCAAGCGCAAGAUGGCUGCAUCGUUAGGAGAUCUGUUUGCCGAACCCAGCCACCAUGUACUGACAGAUAACCUGAUGAAGUACAUCGCCCAUCCGUCCUUCUGUGAGAAUGCACUCAAGACAAUAUACUUUGGAUGUCAGAUGUCACCUCAGCUUAGUAAAUACAUUGCUUGUAAAGAGGAACAUGUUAGUCUCAUCCUGCUAGUCUUACAGGGAAAGACUGAGAUUGAAGACAUGAGUCAGAACACAGUGUAUGAGAUGUGCACACAUAUCCUGAGUACUCUCACCGUACAACUCCAAGCAAUACCUGAAAUAUUGUUGAAUUCCAGUCCCCUGUUUGCAGCCAUCUUGCUUGAUUCUCAGAUUGCAAGCCAUACAGUAAGUACCAUCAUCUCCAUCGUCAUUAUCAUCUCAUUACUGUUGUCAUGAAGAUUGGAUCAAAAAAAAAAA